AUGGUGGAGGCGGCACGGAGGGUUUGCGCGGAAGACGAGAUCGAGGCCGAGUCCCUUUAUGUUUUGAAUCCUGGAAACGACUUGUUGCAAGACCUCGUUGAUGAUUUUCAAGGGCACGUAUGGUCGAGGAUGGGACAUGCACGAAUCGCAUGUUUCUAUGAACUCGAACGAAGUGACAUCGGUGCGGUCGUGGGGAAUCAAACCAGAAAGCAGGCUGACUCUCCGGUCACGCAGGCCUUGGUGGUCAACAAGCAAUCAGGAUGUCUGGACGUGUCGGACCGAAUUGCCAAGUAUCCUCUCCAGCGCACGCAUUUCACGAUGAACAAGUUCGCCCAGGCUACGGAGAGGGACUAUAAGCUGAUAUCAAAAGUCAUACAAGAUAUGGCACAAGACGACCAGGUAGGACUUGAGGCCCAGGCACAACAGAUAACAACUAAUAGCUCGAUUCCCGUCAUCACAACAUAUGAGCGGGCUCAACGUCGAUGUGUCAACUAUUUUCAAGGGCGUAAAGACCAGCUAAAGCAGAUACGAGACUUCUUCGCCAAAGCACCGCGCGACCAGAAACGCGUACUUAUUUUGCAGGGCAUGGGAGGCCAAGGCAAGACGCAGACUGCGUUGAAGUAUUGCAAAGAAUCAGGAUCAAUCUAUUCCAACGUCUUUUGGAUCAAUGCGAACUCGAUUGAUAUGGCAGUCCAGUCUAUGGAAAGAGUCGCUGAAGAGAUCGGACUGGAAAUCUCAACAGGAGAUAAGUCUCUGGGGACUAUUUCGAUCGUCGUGAAAGAACUAGAAGGGCGAAGAGAUCGUUGGUUGAUGGUUUUGGACAACUACGACGACCCUACCGGAUUCAGGGAGAUUGAAGAAUUCAUGCCACACGGUGGUCAGGGCGACAUUCUCGUAACAAGCCGAUACAAAGGACUGCAAGAGCUCGGUAAAACUGGAUUGAAGGACAAGAAAGGGAUCACCAAAUCAGUGCAUUCACAACCUGGGAAAAUGCCCUUCCAGCAACUGGAAGGCAUCGACGUGCCUAGGGAGGACAUCGAGCAUUUCUUGACUGUAUCAGCCUUCCUUCAGCCCAAUCAUAUUGGCGAGUCGCUUUUUCGACACUGCCUGGAAGGAAAAGAUAAACCACCAAAUUGGAUCAGAAUCUUUGCGACAAUCGAGAAUGAUCAUUCCGAGCCAGACGCUGACUCGGAAAGCUCAAAUGUGCCAGCCCAAGCCAAACCCUCUUGGCAACAAGAGCGUUUCUGGAAAAUCAUCAAGAAGAUGCAUAGCCUGUCGUUGUUGGAUAGCAUCGGCGAGGGUGUCUGGGGGGAAAUGUAUUUGUCCUUCCAUCCUGUGAUUUGCGAUUGGUUGCAGUUACGGAUCAGUAGCGAGUCAGCAAGAAGGUUUGUCCUUGAGGCGGCUAACAUUGUGGCCGUGAGCAUAUUCUCCAUCCGGCCUGAGUCAGAAGCUUUUUCGCAAUCACGGUCCAUCCUUCUCGGUCAUGUUGAAAAGUGUUUGGCGAACGAUCGAAAUUUCUCUUCGCACGGCGGAAACAUUGGUCAAACGAUCGAAGGGGCCAAUGCAGCAAGCUACUUUGCGCUCUUUUGCCACAGAUAUGGCCGUUACAGCGUGUCAGAAGAACUAUGUCGAAGAAUAGUUACUUUGAUGGCAACAGAUGGGACUUUCGACCUUCUUGACAGACUGCAAUGGAUGAAACUCUUAGGAACGAGCGUGGCAGAUCAAGGCAGGCAUGACGAGGCGGAAGAAAUAUACAGAGAGAUAGUAUCGAAGACCGAGAAGAUAUUAGGGCCAGAACGUCCAGAAACACUCUCAAGCUUGAAUGAUCUAGCAGUUUCAUUGACCAGUCUAGGCAAUUAUGAGGAAGCAGAGGCGAUAGUUCACAAAAUAUUAUCGGUGAAAAAGACGGGUGGAGGACGGCAACACCAGGAUACUCUCAUUGUUGAAUUCAAUGUGGCACAGCUAGUAGCACAACAAGGCAGGUAUGCUGAGGCAGAGAAGCUAUAUCGAGAGCUACUUGCGUCACCAGUGAAGUUGCAAAGGAGCGAUCAUGAACCGGGUGCUAUGACGGAGCUGGCUGUUAUACUACAUCAUCAGGGCAAAUAUACAGAGGCGGAGGAGCUAUUACGAGAGGCAUGGCCUUUGAGAGCGAAAGUGCUAGGAAAAGAUCACCCAUCGACGGUACAAACCAUGAACAAUCUGGCAGCCUCCCUAUUUGAACAGGGAAAGUAUGGAGAAGCAGAGAAGCUAAUUCGAGAGGUACUGACAUUGAGAGGGAAAGUGCUAGGAGAAGGACAUAGAGAUACGAUAAAAUCUAUGAACGAUCUGGGAUGCGUACUAGCGAGGAGCUCUCGGUUUGAGGAAGCAACAGUCCUCUUUGAAAGAGCAGUGUCCGGAGCAGAGCUAGUAUUAGGAUCUGAUCAUCCGCAUACGAUUUCUUACAGGUCUAGUUUUGCUCUCAUGCAGCAAGGGACUUGA